AGUGUAGCACUUCCUCUUUUUAAGUACCUGUAUUGCAGUUUGUACAAGUUUACUCGGAGGAAAGUACUGUUGGUUUUCACAGAGCUUUCUUCCAAGCAAAUAUGCAUGCAUCGCUGCCCCAGUAUUAUGAAUCUAUCUGCCUGCUUAAUACAUAUUUCUUAAUAUGCAACAGUUAGGGUUGGCUUAAAUAAUACGAUUAGGUUUGGUGUUCUGUCUGCCAGUCUUGAUCUGACAAGAAAACUGCGAUAGAUUUCCCAUAUGGAGCCCAGCAAAGAACCCCAGCUUCAAGGCACUUUUGAAUGUGAGCUGUGUGGAUUAAGUGCCCCAUACAGCUACUUUGGGCAGAGACCACCCAAUAUCUACUCUGUUGUCCUCUUAGAAGACAGCUAUGUCAUGAAGGAUCCAUUCACCUCUGACAAGGGCAAAUUCCUUAUUCUUGGCUCUCGAUGUAGUUUGUGUUGCAAGUGCGUGUGUGUUGGCACAGACUGUAGUCUUUUCUACUCAAAAAGAUUCUGCCUCCCCUGUGUUAACUUACACUUAAAGGAAUUUCCUUUGGAAAUACAGCAAGAUUUGGAAAGGAAAGCACAUUCCAAAACCCAGUCAAAGAAAGACAUGAAAGACUCAAAGAAAAACUAGGUGGCUCUGGAUUUCCGAAGUAUGUUUUUGUUUAAUAAUAGAAAUCUGACAUUUUUCCUUGUCAAACUUUUCUAGAAAAUUUCUGUAACAUCGUGUUUAAUUGCAAUGGUAAAUAAACGUGAAAGCAAAUCAA